UUGUCAUCGCAUCGUAUGGCCGAAAUUAUGUUGGCUUCAGUUGGUUGUAAAACAUUUUUCGAAACUUUUCAAAAUUUUUUCUGUGGACGCUAUAAGCUUAAUGGCGUGCAGAGAGCCACCACAGACUGCGAUCGUCAUUAACCUGCUGAUUGGCGAUUUGGUUCAGGAUGCCGUAAAUGAGCCGCUCAAAUUGUCCGAGCAGAAGAACACCUGCCAGCGGCUAUUCGACAUUUUGGGCUUUCAUGCCGACGAAUGUUUUGACGACUUGGAAGGCAGUGAAAUGGCUAUAACACCCAGCACGGCCACCCUUCAGACCAGUCCAAAACCGCACUCGGUCGAAGCCAACAAAAGGAAUUGGUACGGUUGGAUGUCCAAGGCAUUGGAAGAAAAUUCUGAGGACGAUGUUGAGAUCUUUAGCAAGGCCGCCAUUGAUGAGCCCAAAAGUAUCCAUUCGGUUGGAGUGCAGACGGAGCAGCCACGCCGGCGUAUCAGAUCGUGCACUGUGGACUUUGUCCCAGCUCCAGCCCCCUGCGAACUGACCAGACAAACGAUCUUCAUUGAUGCUAUUUCCGUUCCAAUACCAAAUGUCUUGGGUCGACCGCCACUGGCCGAUCGCUUUUGCUAUAUGUUGACCGAUUUCGCCUCGGCAUUAUAUUGUAGUCUUGCCAUUAUGUGUUGUUGCACUCCCAGUAUGUUGAGAUAAAUUAAAGGAAUGGACAACUCGCCUGGGCCAAAUCGCCACUCGGGUUUUCUUUUUAUUUGUUCAAGA